AAAGAUUUAAAAUGAAGGUUACUUGCCUAUCUAUCUUCUUAAUUGCCGCGAUUUUACUCACGGCAAAUGCCACCGUCUUCGAAGCUGCCACUUCAGAGGAUGUUGACCUGUUUCUCGACGACUUCCAGAACGAGACUGUAGGGUUCCUAUUCUACGAUUCGCAAGUUGACAAUUCAAAAGAUGAAAAUUUGUUCGGCAAACUCUCCUCCAAGAUUCUUGGAAUCUUCAUGAGCAAAGACCAAUUUGGUAGAUCUACUGAGGACUGGAUUGAGCUCUUUGAUGAUAAGCUCCAUCUCAUGAGAAUUGACUUAAGAAAUAAAGCCAAUUUGAGAUCAAAAGAAGAAUUCAACAUUGUAGAUGCCCCAUACAUUGUGCUCAUGGACAAGAGAAGAACCAUUCUCAGAGAAAAAGUAAACAAUGAAACCUUUGAUCAUCUCAAGAUGUUGCUCGAGAGAAGACCCAACAUGUUGCAUAAGACCGGAGGAGCUGCUCUCAAAUCUUUCAACCUUGAGCCAGAAGCCGGAGCUAUGGAUACCCAACCAAGAGUUGUCCAAUUCUUUGAUUUGGAAAAUGGAUCUCCAACCAACGUUGAGGCACCUGUACAAACUCAAUAUGUAAACUGGGGACCAGUUGAUGUCAUUGGACCAGAUGGAAAAUGGGAAGAGAGAGGAAGACAUUGGGUAACCAGCUACGAGAUCCCUGACUCAGGAAUCAUGAGCCAAAAGAAUUCAUCCCUUGUACAUGAUGUUGAUAAGACUAAUGAUGAUCCUAGACCUCUUGGAUCUUCUACUCCAGUACCAAAGCAGUCAGCCUCAGCUAAGAAUGCCACUAAGGAUGAUUCUGGUGCUCAAGGACCACCUCCAUUACCACAAGAAGGUGUUCAGGCUAGACUUGAUGCUCAAAGAAGAAGAGAACCUACCGCUCAAUUCCAAGGCAGAGCUCAAUUGCAAGGACAGCAACAGGUCUCUCUCAACGAAAAUGGAAUGCCAAUCAGACAUCCUUACCACGCCAAGCAAUAUUCCGGAUACGGUGACAUCUUCUCUGACCACAGAAAGUUCCAAAGAGAGUAUGAUGGACUUGCUACUGCAAAGUAAUU